CGAGCUCGUUGUCGGCGUAGACUCGCGGAGGAAAAUAAAAUAAAAAAAGGAAAAAAAAAACCGAAAAAAUUUAGUUGUAUUUAUUAAAUUAGAUUCUGAAUCCCUUCUCUUUCGCUCCUCUCGAUUUUGAUUAUCGGUUACGAAACAUAGAUCGGUUGUAACGAUCCGUAGUGGCGAAACCCUAGCUCAGAUUUGCUGAUCGAAUCUUCAAUGGAUGAUUCCAGUGGGGCUUUCAGCUUUGACUUCGAAACAGCGCUUGACGCCGGCGGGGAAGGCGGUGGUGAACCCUCUGCGGUUUUGGGGCAGGGUCUUCAUGGAGAUCCGAGAGCACUAGCAGUGCCGGAAAUCGCCGUUGCGCCGUUGGACCGUAGGAAUUUCCGGCGGACGGUGUGCCGGCACUGGCUGCGUGGUUUGUGCAUGAAGGGUGCGUCUUGCGGGUUUCUCCACCAGUAUGAUAAAGAGAAGAUGCCGGUUUGCCGGUUCUUCCGGAACUUUGGUGAGUGCAGGGAGAAGGAUUGUCUCUACAAGCACACCAUCGAGGAGAUCAAGGAGUGUCACAUGUAUAUGAUGGGAUUCUGCCCCAAUGGACCUGGCUGCAGAUUUAAACACUCAAAGCUGCCUGGGCCACCUCCCCCUGUAGAAGAAGUUCUCAAGAAAAUUCAGCAGCUGAGCUCAUUGAGCAGCUAUGGCUCUUCAAACAGACAAUUCCAUCCCAGAAAUGCCAGUUUCAACAGUUUCUCUUGAAACUGGAAGAACAAACUAAUUAAUCUUCUGGGAUUCUAAAUAACAAAUUUACAAGAUAAACAAUAAUCGAAACAAAACUUACAAAAAUGGAGAAGCUGCAGUAACAAAUCCUGGCCUGGCUGAAACUUCUACCUUUAUUUAUCUUUAACAAAGAACUGGGUUGGUUAGGUGUAGCAGUCAAAUACAUUAGCAGCUUAUCACCUUCUAUACAAGUUUGGUCGAAGAACAUCGGCUGUAGAUAUUUCUGUGAAUUAGUUUUGAGGCUCUGCAGAGAGUUAACAAAAUUAUUACUAUUAUUAUUUUUAAUUUGUAAGGCAUAUAAAUAUUAUAUUUUA